AUGACAAAGUCAAACAUUCAAAGAUGUCUCCACGACCUACCAAAAUGCGAACACCAUCUUCAUAUUGAAGGCUCUCUGUCACCAAGCCUCCUUUUCCGACUCGCAGAUACCAAUAAGAUAUCCCUCCCAUCCACUGAAGCCGAUCCCUCAUUCGCCUCACCCCAAGCCCUCGAAGACCGAUACACCCGCUUUACCUCCCUGAAUGACUUCCUCCAUUACUACUUUAUUGGCAUGUCCGUGUUGAUUACUUCUGCCGACUUCGAAUCUCUUGCUUACGAGUACUUCACUCGGGCACACGACGAUGGUGUUCACCACGCCGAAAUAUUCUUCGACCCCCAAGCCCAUACGUCACGAGGGAUUGCAUACGAGACUGUAGUGGCAGGACUGGGCACGGCGCAAAAACGGGCAGAGAAAGACUUUGGGUUGACAUCAAAGCUGAUUUUGUGCUUCUUGCGCCAUCUCCCAGCCAGCGAUGCGAAAGAUACCUAUCAAGCGGCGGAAGCCCUAGGCCACUUUUCCAGCGGCAUUAUCGCCGGUAUUGGACUCGACAGCAGUGAAGUCGGAUUCCCACCAGAGAUAUUCAGAGAAGUUUACGAGUCUGCGAGCAAAGCUGGUAUUCGGAGGACCGCCCACGCCGGCGAGGAAGGUGAUUCCACAUACAUCUCGCGAGCGCUGGACUUGUGCAAUACACAGAGAAUUGAUCACGGGAUUCGUCUGAUUGAUGAUGAGGCGCUGUUGAAGAGAGUUGCAAAGGACAACACUCUGGUUACGAUGUGCCCGUUGAGUAACGUCAGAUUGAGGUGUGUCACCCAAGUUGCGGACCUGCCAAUCAGAAAAUUCUUGGCGGAGGGCGUGAGGUUCAGCAUAAACAGCGAUGAUCCGGCUUAUUUCGGUGGAUAUAUCCUGGACAACUAUAUCGCUGUACAAGAAGCUUUCGGAUUGAGUCUGGAGGAAUGGCGGUUCAUCGCGGAUGGAGCUAUUGAGGGAAGCUGGUGUGACGACGAAAGAAAGACAGUUUUGCACCAAAGUGUUGAGCAAUGGGCUGAAACGUAUAAGGAUACUCUCUGAGCUUGCUACGUAAGAAUGGUCACGAUUCUGUAUUAUAACAUUUGGUGGCUGCACUUUAGGGAAUUAUAUCCCGCCUGCCACUCAUGCCAGUGGCCCAAAUGCCUCUAGAUACUACACCUAGAGAAUACACGCGACUGAUCGCUCGUUGGCGGUUUUGGUUAGCCGUUCUUCGACCAUUGAGUUGGCACAUAUACACCAAUCAAGUCACAACUGCCAUGGCUUCUGCUUAUAGAUACAAUGCCAAGAAGUAUCGGGUGGCAUUCUUAUUUCUUCCCUCAAAUUCUAGCGGGUGAGAUCACGCUCCUAAGCUAAUAUCGACCUGACCUGGCCGAGUCGGGGCGGACGGCACGAUCACGAUACCUGAUCUACGUCACUCACUGUAUUGUUGUUAACCACCCUGCAGGUCAGCCACCUGGCAUUUAGGAUUUCGUAUUCUUUUGAUUGUCAAUUCACUCCUGAGACGGCACCCAUGAUCCCGAAAAGACUUCCUCGAAGGGGUUGUCGCUUAUUUACUCAGCCCCACCCUUUUCUGCAAAAUCAUAACAAAUGCGAGGAAGGAAGUCUUAAAGCGAUAAGACUGCCGGGCAUCAAGUGCAGCGAGACCUAGAAUACCUAGGUAAUAUAUGUAAUUACUCUCGUCACACUCUCUAGAACAUCUCAAAGCCAUCUAGGUUUAGUUCAAAAUAAGUAUUCGAUAACAUGGACAAUAGCGAGUGUGUAUCGUCAUGUUACGCAACGGCAGUCGCACACCCAAUUCGGAUCGCAAGCCGCUAGGGCAGGUAGGUCAGUUCAAAUGCCAAUCGCACUUACACCGUACAAAUUUGCAUAAGAC